GCAUUUUUGGGGUUGGAUAACCCCUUUAAGGGUAAGUCCACACAGGACAGAAUUGCUGUGGAUUUUACCUGCAGACUGGCACAGUUAAAAUCCGCAAAACCUGGAAAGCGGAUAAGAUUGUACAAAUCUCAUCCAAACGCAGCGAAAAAAUGUCCAAUCUGAAAUGUUCCUGUGGUGAGAAUCUUGAAAUCCACAGAACGUCCUUUUUUGUUGCAGAUCUUCCCUGCAGAUUUCUGCCGGGGCGAAAUCCGCAGCAGGAAAUAUCCACCGCGUGUGGCUCUAGCCUAAAAACGUGUGAUUUUUGCAAAACUGUGCCCCAAAACUGUGCCAUGACAGCGACAUCUAUAUAUAAGGGCCCUUUACAUUAUUGAUCACGUUGAAUUGGCCGGGUGUCGGGCUUCCCCUACAUGGCUCUCCGCCUCACCGCCAGCAGCUGUCUCAGGACGCCCAGACAAGCUACUGCCUUUUUUUAAAAAUAGCAGCAGGCUGCAUGUCAUCUGAGCCGUGUGCUGGAGCAAUGGCCGUACAGUCCCAGCCAUUUACAGGCUUCCACCACGUCCACGGUACCAACAUUCGGAUCGACCCCACAGGGACUCAGGCUACCAGAGUCGAGAGCUUCGCUAAUGGCAUCUGCUUCAGCCGAGACCCGCUGGCGCCCGGGCAGCUGUUUUUGGUGGAAAUUGAAGAAAAAGAACUGGGCUGGUGCGGUCACCUAAGAGUCGGGCUUAUAGCCCGAGAUCCUCGCAGCUUGGACAUAGUACCAGAGUAUUCACUACCGGACCUUGUCAACCAGGGGGACAGCUGGAUAUUUGCCAUCACUCGGAACCACAACAGGGUGGUGCCAGAGGAAGAGGAGAAGGCAUCCAGCUGGGGAAAAGACCUAGCAGAACCUUAUCUAAAAGUGGGCAAGUUUAAGAUUCCUCGGGACAAACUGAUAGCACGUAGUAGGCCUGGUCGUUUCAGUCACAUCCUGGACGACUUGUACAAAACCAAUAUUCUGCCGCCCACUGCUCGCCGAAGCCGGAUCGGGGUGCUGUAUGACCCCCAGGCAGAUGGCACCUGUCAUAUGCACUUCGUCAUUAACGGAGAAGACAUGGGUGCCAGCGCUCGUGGGAUUCCAGCGACUCAUCCAUUAUAUGCCGUGAUCGACGUCUUUGCCUCAACCAAGAGUGUCCGAGUGAUCCAGUUAGAAUAUGGAUUUCCAUCCCUGCAGACCUUGUGCCGCCUAGUUAUCCAGAAGCACGUGGUCCACAGACUGGCAAUCGACUGGCUGGAUUUACCGCAACUACUAAAGAAUUUCUGCAAGUAUGAGUGAUGAGACCAGCGGCGGUCUAUUAGGAAACAGACAGCACCAUAAUAUGGACUAAGCAGAGUCAGAAAAUGUGCUGCAAUCUCUACUGCUGGGCGACGUCCUCCUGAAACUAAGGAUGUAGGAGAAAUCCACCAAUAUGAGGCCAUCAGCAACACCUCUGGACUGUGCUGUGAUGGCUGACCUCCGGCACUCCAGCUGUGGGAAAACGACAACUCCCAAGAUGCCCCCUUGCUUGGCUGUUCUCAAAACUCCAUAGGCCUCUUUCACAUGAGCGUGGCGGAUUGGCUCCGGAUGCGUUUAGU